AGCAGUGUUCUAAAGAGCUAUAUAUUAAUUUAAGUUAAGCUGUUGGUAUAAGUGUAAAAGUGAUUUUUGUUAAUCUACAUCACGAAAAAAAAAAAUCUUUUUAUAAAAUAUGACGACCGAUAAUGAGUUUAAAAAUAUUAAUAAAAAUUCCAAUUAUAACUUGGAACAUUCAAGCGAACAUGAAUACGUAGCAGCGUUCGAAAACAUGUUUGAAAGAAAAUUAUUUCCGAAUGAUUUCGAUACUUGGCCUAUACAAAAACAAUCUAUUUGGAUAAACAAGAAUGUCGCCAAAUUUUUUCCAAACACUCCGAAAUCAUUGCUGGAUUUUAUUCCGGCUUUUUUUCGCAACGGAGAUAAUGGUCGAGCGCAAGAAAAGAAGCCCGAAUGGUUGGAUAUGAAUAAAUAUCGUCGAGGACAAAAAUUUGUACGCGACCAUUAUGCUUCAAUUUUAAUCUCCAAAAUACUAGGCAAUAUACUUAUUUAUUCUUUCAACAAUAGCUUAAAAGCUGUUAUCAUAAAUGGGAAUCGUCAUACGCUAUAUCUGGCGUUCAAAAGAUAUUUGUCGCUUGUACGGCUGCUUUUUACUUGGUACGAUGGGGAGCCUUGGCUUAAAGGAACACAAGCCUACGACAACAUGAAAUUUACACGUACAGCGCAUUCAUUGAUGAAGGCAAAAGUGUACGAGCUUGAUAACGAGCAAAUCGACAAUGCAUCCAAAAUCGCAGAACUGUGGUGUCCGGAUCACGAAAUAUUUGUAAAAGAUUUUGCCGCGACAUGUCCGUUUGAAAAAUCUAUACAACGACCUUAUAUCCUAUUCGAAAAAUUGCUACCUAGACUGAAAGAUAUAAAUAACGGGGAUAUGGCAGGUAUCCAAUGCAAUUUCGUAGCUUUAAUUUUACUUUGUCCGCAAAGUAUCGGAAUACAUGAUGCAACUAAUGAAGAUCUAGAGGCUUUCUGUCACAUGUGGAGAUGUUACGGAUAUUGUCUCGGAAUGAAAGACGAGUACAAUUUUUGCCGCGGUAGUCUCGAGGAAAUAAAACAGCGUACGCGAGAUCUUCAUCAAUAUUGGAUACUGCCUAAUCUCAAAGAUGUUACACCCGAAUGGGAGCAUAUGACAAGAUGUCUCGUCGAAUCUUUGAAUUACUAUCCAUUAUUAUAUGUGCCUUAUAAAGCGAUGGUACUAUAUUCUAUGGAUGUUUUAAAUCUAAGUAUGCCGGAUUUAUACAAAUCGCUCAGUUACUCGGAGUGGAUUACUUAUAAAUUCUGGACAUUCAUAUUACGGUAUGCUUUACAAUUCUCGAUUAUACGAGCAGUUUUUAAUAAAGUAAUGUCUAAAAUACUUGAUAUAGCGAUGAAUUUUGGUCCAGAAAAGCAUAUAGAACUUCAAGAAAAAUCAAAGAAGCAAUUAUCAAAUUUUGCUGUU